AUGUCAUCUUCUACCUGGCAGAUGGCUACCAUCAUAUGUCUCCUUUCCAUGCUUGCAAUCAUUCCUUUUCUAUCCUCUGCCUAUAGCUCCAGAAACUGGGAUCCCCUUUUCAACCAUUACAGAGUUCAUGUGAUCAAUGGCUUCAGCAGCAACGACCAGCCGAUGUUUAUUCGUUGUUGGUCUAGGCAUGACGAUCUCGGGAACCAUACCCUCUACAUCGGCGGAGACUUCAACUUCUAUUUCGGCCUCAGGCUUCUACCUCCCUUUACCCAUUUCUACUGUGACUUCAAAUGGGGUACAAAUUAUCUUCCUGAAGUUACUGUGUUUGACGAGGAUGAGGUCAUGCCUUUGUGCUAUUAUACACAUAAAUGUUAUUGGCGUGGCCAAGACGAGGGGCUCUUUUUCAGCAAUGACAAUUCCUCUUACUCCAAGACGCAUCCUUGGCAUUGA